UGCCAGCAGCAGCUGAGGUGCCUCUGCCGGAAAAUUGCCCAGAACAAACCAGAGAGGCGAAGAAAAUGGAACUGGUGCUUCAACAAGCAGCCCGGUGCCGCUGGGGAUGUGACUGACUCUGUGCUUCAAGGUGGGAAGUGCAAGAAAGUGUCAGAGGAAAGCCUGGAGCUGGAUGAGAAGAGAGAGGAGAAGAAGUUGCCGCUGGAGGAGGCGGCAGCAUUUGACCCCCCAGCAACCCAGGAGGGUGGAAAUGUGGAAGAGGAGAUGCCCGAGGAGCCUUCAGGGGACAGAUCUGCACAGAGCCCGGCUGGGGUCUCUCCGGAAAGCUCCCAGCAGGACACAACUGGGGAAUCCAGGAGGACUUCCCAGGCAGAGCUGGCAGCGGAGAUCCAGUCCUUUCUCCAGAUGCACGGACAGAGGCUGAAAAUACUGCUGCAGAAAGAGUGCAACCACUCGGAGCUGAGCAUCCUUCCCGAACUCCGCGUCCUGACCACCUGCUCUCCCAGCCAGCUCGAGGGGCUCUGCUCCUUCCUCCAGCUCUCCACGUGCCCGGAAUAUCUCUUGGUGCGUUUCUGCAGCUGGCUGCUGGCUCUCACCCCCGACCUCAGCUACACCAGCGCAGCCAUCCUGGCAGAGCAGCUCUUCCUCAGGCGAGUCCUGUCCCUCACCCAGCCACCCUCCCGCCACCUCAUGGGGGCGCUCGCUUCGUUUUGCUCCAGAUAUUCCCAGCCCUUCUGUCGUGUCCUGGUGGCUGCAGUCCUGCGGGAGCCAGGGGAAGGCUCUGAGCAGACCAGGCUGGUGUGCGAGCUCGUGGAGGAGUGCUUGGAGCCAGACUGUGUGCGACUGGUGCUAAGCCAGGUCCUGGAGCUGCCUCUGUGCGAGAAGCUCCUGCCGGUAGUGCAGCUGCCGGUGGUGCAGGCGGUGCGGGGACGGCGGGAGGUGCUGCCCACCCAGCUCUUUGACCUCCUAGUCCUGACUCUGUGCCGGCAGGCGCCAGCCUUCACCACAUCGCUGGAUUACGCCAAGCUGGUGACAGCUCUGCUCACCGUGUACCAAAGCCAGGUGACCCCAGCCCACCGGAGCAGUCUGGCUGCAGCUCUGGAUCGGAGCAACGCGACGCUGAAGAAAUCACUGCAGGCGGUGCUGGAAGGAGCCAG